AGGAGCGCGAAGCUUCCCUUGAAUCCUACCAACAACGGCAAAUCUAAAGCCCUUCUUACUCACCAAGCAACUCUGCCUCACUCCUUCUGUCUCUGUUUUUCCCUCUGAUACCUAUAAAAGGGCUUCCAACCUCUCAUUCUUAGUCACCAAGCAAGUCUACCUCUCUCUCUCUCUCUCUCUCUCUCUCUCUCUCUGUUUUUCCCUCCUCUGAUUCUCUCUUCGUUCUUGAUUUUCUCUCCGAUCCGAUUAUCUUCGUUGUGAUUUUCCUCAUCGUUCUGAUUCCAUCUUCGUUGUUGUUGAGAAUGGCGGUUUUGGCAGCGACGAGAGUGGGUGUAGUUGAGCGAAAGCAGCGAAGAAGAGCGACUACAAUUUGUUCCUACUGGCUGGCCGGACGAUGCGUCAGAAACCCUUGUCGCUUCUUCCAUCCACUUUCUCAAUCUCCUUCCCGGCCUGCUUCAAUCCCUAACAAACGCCCCCUUGCGAUUUCUGAAGCCCAUCCGCACAAACCCACCAAACGGUCACCGUCGACUUCUUCUUCUACUUCUUCUUCAGUCAGGCCCUGUGAGUAUUGGAAAUCCGGCAAUUGCUUCUAUGGCGAUUGCUGCCGCAACUUGCAUUCCUGGUUUUGCGCAGACGAUUUCUCGAUUUCCUCCAAACUCGCCGGUCACAAGAAUGGUAUCACCGGCAUAGCCCUUCCUCAAGGCUCGGAUAAGCUCUUCACGGGGGAUAGAGAUGGCAGUUUAAGGGUUUGGGAUUACCGUUCUGGUAAAUGCACCCAGAAGUUCGACCUUGGAACUGAAAUUGGAUGUUUGAUCUGUAAAGAUUCGUGGAUUUUUGUGGGUACUGUGGAUUGCGUUAAGGCCUGGAAUUUUGAAACCCAUUUGGAUUUCAGUCUCAGCGGACCUGUUGGUCAGGUUUAUGCUCUUGCUGUGGGUCAAGAUGCUCUUUUUGGUGGAGCACAGAAUGGGGUUAUAAGCGUCUGGAAGCUGUCAGAUCCUGAAAAUCCUGGUUUUCCAUUAACUGGGUCUCUGGAGGGCCAUACUUGUGCGGUGACUUCGCUUGUUGUUGGUGCCAAAAGGUUGUUUUCUGGGUCCAUGGAUCACACUAUUAGAAUCUGGGAUACUUGUAGUUUGCAGUGCGUUGGGACACUGAAUGGGCAUUCUGCUGCUGUUAUGUCUGUGAUUUGUUGGAAUUGUUGCUUGAUAUCUUGUUCUAUGGACAAAUCAAUCAAGGUUUGGUCAACAACCAAAGAAGAUGGGACUGUGGAAGUAAUUUAUACUCAUGAUGAAGAAUGUGGUGUGCUUUCACUUUUCGGGAUCCACGAUGCCAAUGACAAACCUAUCUUAUUGUGCUCUUGUGAAGAUAAUUCUGUCCGGUUGUAUGAACUGCCAUCUUUCUUGGAAAGGGGAAGGCUUUUUGGCAAACAAGACAUUCGAGCCAUUCAGACAUCUGCUAAUGAUGAAGGGCUAUUCUUCACUGGUGAUUGGACUGGUAUGCUAACUGUGUGGAAGUGGGAUAGAGACACCAAGAUUGAGGAUCUUCACAAGCGACUUAAAGUUUAGAUUUUUAUUUUUGGUCCUGUAUAUUUUUUUUCGGAGAUUUGAUUAUUUUUGUUUCAAAUGACAAAUUGAAGCAAUCUUAGCUUCAAAAGAACUGUAAAUUUUUUUUAUUCUGACUUGUAUAAAUCAACAUUCAUUUGGAAAUAUAAAACUAUAAUUGCUUUCA